AUGUCAGAGAACGUUCCCUCGAUAAGCAUCCAAAACCUCCGUCAUUCUGCAGAAGAGCGGCAAAAGCUCUUCAAGGGUUUGACAAAAGUCGGCUUCCUGUACAUUUGCGACCACGGUGUCCCAAAAUCAAUUACCGACCGAGUCAAGAGACUAUCGCCGGACGUUUUUCUUGCUGACAAAUGGGAAAGACAAGAGCUCGCACAAUGGAGAGAGGGAAAACUUUCGUACGGAGAUAUUUACAACGAAAAAGACCAACGCGUGGUGAAUGAAAGAUCCGAUGUCAAAUUGGACAAGAAGGAAAUCGAUGAAGCGUUUUUCGAUUAUAUUUCAGAAAUGUACAGAGUUGGGGAAAUCCUUGUUUACUGGGUCGAAAAAGUCUUGGGACUUAAAAAUGGCGCUCUUUCAGAAGCGUAUGGAAAAGACCCCAUUCUUGUUCAGCAUAUUAACUACUAUCAUACUAAGCCUAAUGAACGAUGGGCUUUUGUGGAACAUGUUGAUAGAAACUGUAUUUUGACCUUCCUCAUGCAAAGUGAAGUCGGCGGCUUGGAGAUGGAUUUCAAUGGUAGAUGGGAGGAAGUUCCAUUUAGAGAGAACACCUUUACCGUCAAUCUGGGGAAUAUACUUGAGCAUGCGACUUAUGGUGUCGUCAAAGCGACCUGGCAUCGAGUAAGAAUGCCCGCAAAUCAAAAGCGACAUCAGUGGCCGACUUUCUUCACGUUGAGCCCGAAGUCAACUUUGUUUCAAAUUCAAGACUUUGCGUGGAACAAGGACAACUACCAGCGUCGUCUGAUUGAGGAACGUGCUCGUAUUAUCGGCAACGAUAAUCGCCACCAAGCAGAAGUUCUUACACCGGAUACAAAUAUUCUUGAGUGGCUAAAAGAACACUCAAAAGAAUUCGAGGCGCGAAAAGAUUUCCCGAAAGUGGAUUCACAAAUUUUGGAGAUGGUUUCGCGGAAACAAGGGGAUGAAAUUGGAUAUGAUGUGGCGGAAAACGAGUUUAGAUAUCAAAACUACGAGUCAAAAAAGUGA